GGAGCUGGUGCUCUGCCUGCCAGCAAGAGGGAAGCUGGCGUCCCCAGGAGAGCCUGAAGCAGGCACUGCAAAGGGCGCUGAGCUUGGGGGAGACCCCCACACACUCUUGUUGAGGUGUCUGCAGUAACACUCUGGAGCCAAAAUGAUGGGUGGCUGCCCAAGAACCCACUGAGGCACAGAUUCUUCACGAAGCCUCUUACUGAGAGCCAGGCGUGCAUCUGUGGAACCCACAUUCCCCGGGCAACUGAAAAUGGAGAGAUGAGCGCCCUGAGGAUAUGGACGCAGAGCGAGAAGCCCUGCAGUGCACUGCCUACCCCGAGGUGCAGAGCUUCUGCCGGAAACACGGCUUGACAUUUGAGGCAGUUGAUCUGAGGUGGGGCAUCCCAGACACGCAGGCUGCUAACCACUUGACCACAGAACUUUGCUUAGAAGAACUUGACCGCUGCCAGAGAACGUCCCUAGGACCAGCUUUUGUGGCUCUCCUGGGCGACCAGUAUGGCCCCUGUCUGGUUCCCCAACGGAUUGAGAAGAAAGAGUGGGAGGCACUAAGGGCCCAGCUGACCUCCAGGCCUCGAGAUCUGGAGCUGGUGGCCAGGCAUUUCCGGAGAGACGACAACACCAUCCCUCCCACCUACAUGCUGCAGUCUGCAGGCUCCGCGGAGGCCCCAGGACCUGAGGAGGCCACCUUGACCUCUGUCCUGCAAGGCGGAGCCCAGGAGGCCCGGAGGCUGGGCCUCCUCAGCCAAGAGCAAUGGAAGCGCUAUCAUCGAUCAGUCAUUGAGUGGGAGAUUGAGCAAGGCCUCCUGAGCUCAGCACGAGGGGACCAGGGAGCCACUGUCUUCCUGAGAGAUGUGCAGGACCUUAGUAAACACAUCUUGGACGAUUGCUCUCUGAAGAUGGUUGAUCGGCUGGCAGAUGGCUGCCUGGACACGGAUGCCCAGAGUCUUCUCAGCAGCCUCAAGGGACGCAUCCUGGAUGCUCAGCCUGGAGCCCUAAAGUCCCACCACCUGCCCUGGAGCCGAGACCUGGUCAAUCCCAAGAAUAAGGCCCACGCUCGCUACCUGAAGGAGCUGAGCGAGCAGUUCGUGGCCAGGACCAACCAUCAAGUCCUGGAGCAACUGCGAGAGCUAGAGUCAGGCAGACAGGAGCUGGGCUGGCUCUACCAGGAAAUCCGCCAGCACCUCUGGCGGGGUGCAGAGUCUGCCAGAAUCUUCUGCGGCCGGCAGGAGCUCCUGGCUCAGCUGAGGCAGCGGUUCAGACAAGAUGACAUCUGGCCCCAUACUCCGCUGAUUCUCUUUGGACCUCCUGGCAUCGGGAAGACCUCCCUCAUGUGCAAGCUAGCCGAGCAGGUACCAGGGCUUCUCGGCCACAAGACGGUGACUGUCCUGAGGCUGUUAGCUACAUCAACCAUGAGCCUGGAUGCCCGAAGCCUCCUCAAGAGCCUGACCUUCCAGGUGUGCUUGGCCUACGGGCUGCCACUGCCCCCAACCCAGGUCCUGGAGGUCCAUGGCAGGCUGGGCCACUUCUUUCACACCCUCCUCCAUACGGUGUCCUGUAGGAACUUUGAGUCCCUGGUGCUGCUCCUGGACUCGGUGGAUGAUCUGGAUUCCACACACCAUUCUCAGAGGAUUCCCUGGCUGCCCCUCAAGUGUCCCCCAAGGGUACACGUCAUCCUCUCUGCAUGCUCAGACCAGCAGGUGUUACAUACCCUGCGACAGACACUCAAGGACCCCAGUGCCUACUGGGAGGUGAAGGCCCUGUCUGGAUGCCAAGGACAGGAGUUCAUCCAGCUGCUACUGCAUGCAGAAAGGAGGACGCUGAGCCCGGGUCAGAGGGACAUCCUCUGGGCCAGCCUCCCCGAGUGCGGCCACCCAGGGCGGCUACGGCUGGCCUUUGAGGAGGCUCGGAAAUGGGCUUCCUUCACUGUACCAGUGCCCUUGGCCACCACAGCUGAGGAAGCCACACACCAGCUCUGCAUCCGCCUGGAGGAGACACACGGGCAGCUGCUGGUGGCUCAUGUACUGGGCUACAUUGUGUCUUCCAGGUACGGUCUGUCAGAGGCAGAGCUGAAGGACGUGCUGUCUUUGGACGAUGAGGUCCUGCAGGCCGUGUACCAGGACUGGACACCACCCAGCAAGGAACUCCUACGCUUCCCGCCACUGCUGUGGGUGCGGCUCCGCCGGGACCUGGGACACUGCUUGACCAGAAGGUCCGUGGAUGGUUGCACGCUGUUGGCCAUCGCACACAGACAGCUGUCCAAGGUGAUCCAGGUUCGAUACUUGUCUGGGCCUGAGAGAUCCAAGAGACACGGUGUGCUAGCUGAAUUCUUCUCUGGAGCCUGGAGCCAAGGCACCAAGAAACUCAUCACCCUGCCCCUCGUGGGGAAGCCCAUUAACCUGGACCGCAAGGUGGCCCCACAGCCGCUGUGGUUCUCAGGCACAGUGGCCAACCAGAGGAAGCUGACAGAACUGCCCUUCCAUCUGCUGCAUGCGGGUCGCAUGGAGGAGCUGAAGCAGGAGGUGCUGGGGAACAUGAGCUGGAUCUCCUGUAGGGGCAUCUCUGGGGGCAUUGAGGACCUGCUGGAUGACUUUGACAUGUGUGCCCCUCACAUGAACUCUCCUGAGGUUGAUCUGGUCAGAGAAGCCCUCCAGCUGUGCCGCCCUGCUGUGGAGCUCCGAGGGAUGGAGAAUAGUGUCCUAUACACCGAGCUCCUGGCCAGGCUCCUUUUCUUUGCUACGUCGUAUCCAGCAAUGAUCGGGCAGCUGUGCCAACAAGCACAGAGCUGGUUCCGUGCCUGCCCACACCCAAUGCUGGUGCCCUUGGCAGGAUUUCUACAGCCUCCUGGGGGAAGAUUUCGAGCCACUCUCACUGGAUGUCACAAAGGGGUCACCGCCAUAGCAUGGAGCCUGGAAGAGAAGCUGCUGGUGGUGGGCACCCAAGAUGGCGCCAUGGUAGUGUGGGAUGUGGAGGAACAGCAGGUGGUCCACGUUCUAACAGGACACACAGCUGAGGUGUGGUGCAUUCGAGUGUUUGCCCUAGGGACUUUCGCCAUCUCUGCAUCAAAGGACCACACCCUGCGCCUGUGGAGCCUGCUCUCUGGCCAGGAGAAACUCACCAUUUUGGACAGAGGCUCACCAACUUCCAUAGAGCCUCAGAGCUGGGAGCUCCAUGUGGAUGAGAUGAACAAAGUUGUAUACUUGACAUCUAGUGCAAAGAUCAGCGUGUGGAAUCUGGAAACCGCAAAGCUGGUUUUCUGUAUCCCAGGAUAUGCGUCUGACCCCUGGGCCUGUGUGGCAGUGCUGGCCGCUCGGGGUGUGCUGCUCUCUGUGUCCAAGGGCGGUCAAGUCAGUCUGUGGGACUCAACCACGGGAAAGCUGCAGGAGAAACACCAGCUUUCCAGCAUCAAAGAGGAGACACCCACCUGUGCCGUCUCUAUCCAGACACAGGCAAAGCUGGUCACUGGCUUCAGCAGCGGCUCCAUCGUCCUGGUUUCCUCAGGAGAAGACAGGUUGCUGGAGAAGCUUCCAGAAGCUGUGGGAUUCCUGGUGGUGUCUGAAGAUGAUUCCGUUCUUGCAGCAGGCUUCGGAAGAUGUGUGCGGAUUUUCUUAGCCGACUCUCAGGGCUUCCACCGGUUCAUGGCCACGGAUCUGGAACAUGAGGACGUGGUAGAGACAGCAGUUGUGGGUCCUGAGAACAACAUGAUCGUCACAGGCUCCCGGGAUGCGCUCAUCCAGAUGUGGAGUCUGUCAGAACAGGGGACCCUGCUGGACGUCCUCGAGGGCGUGGGAGCCCCUGCGAGCCUGCUGGUCCGGGGCGGGAUUCUGGUAGCGUCUGCUUCCUCAAAGUCUUCGUCUGUGAAAGUCUGGGAUCUCAGGUCCACUCAGAAGCCAAGGUCUCCUGCUCCGUUUCUGGACCGCACGGGCCUCGCUGCCGUGUCCCAUCAUGGCAGCUACGUCUACUUCCCCAAGGUCGGGGACAAAAACAAAGUCACGAUUUGGGAUUUGGCAGAAGGUGAGGAACAGGAUUCCCUGGACAUGUCCAAUGAGGUCCGGUGUUUGGAGGUGGCCGAGCAGGCCAAGCUCCUCUUCACAGGCCUGGUUUCGGGGAUUGUGCUUGUGUUCCCCCUGAAUUCCAGGCAAGAUGUGCUGUGUAUCCCCCCACCCGAAGCCCGCAAGGCUGUCAACUGCAUGUCCCUGAGCAAGAGUGAGGACCGGCUGGCCAUCGCCUAUGACAACAUCGUCCUGGUGCUGGACAUCAGCCCCGGGGACCCAUGUCCCACCAUCGAGGGCCCCACCUACACCUUUUACACCCAGCUGCCGGAGACCAUAGCAAGUGUGGCCGUGCUGGCCGACUACCGUGUUCUCUACGGCAUGACUGACGGCGGCCUCUUCCUGUACAACUGUGCAAGCUCCAAAGUCUUCCCGCUGGAGGCCCACGGGAGCAGGGUGAGCUGCGUGGCGGUCAGCCACGGGGAGCAGCUGGCCAUGAGCGGGGCGGAGGAUGCACUGCUCUGCCUCUGGGACCUGCAAGCUUGCAGGGGGAUGUUCCAGAUGAGCUAUGAGAGCUCCUACUGCAGAGGGGUGCGGUGUGCCUGCUUCUCGAAGGACGACAAGUAUGUGUUUGCGGGCAUGAAGGACCGCUCCAUCAUUGCCUGGAGUGUGCUGGACGGCACCCUGCUGGCUGUCCAGUUUGUCCACGCUGUCAUCAGUCGAAUCAUCCCCACCUCCAGUGGCUUCAUGGCCCCCACAAGCCAUGGCUAUCUCAUCAGAGAACAUUUCCAGUGCCCAUCAGCCAGAGCCUCCCAGCAAGAGCCUCUCAAGAACUUCAAGAGGGCAGUGUGGUUAGUCAAGAGGCAAAGGAAAGAGCAGCUGACUGCCGCAGAGGCCUCUCAGGACACAGGGUCAGUGGCCGCAGAGGGAAAGGAAUUGCAGUCAAAUAAGCGCUCCCAGGUCUGCCUGAUACUGUGAAGGCCUUGGGAGGCUAGGGCUCGGCUCAUCUGGUAGAACAAACUGCCCAGCUCUCCUGGUGUCGUGCAGACCCCAGGUCUCCCUCAAGCAUCUUCCAUUUUCCCGCCUCUUUUUCUGUUGGGUUUUCAAACCUGCUCCCCUCAGGUUAGCAGCCCUCAUCUCCCACACUGCUCCAAGAACCUGGAUCAAAGCCUUGGUUCUGCCUCUGUUGGUUCCAGUAGGCACAACUCUUAUUGUUGAGCCAAUCACUGGCUCUGGGAGGAUCUGCAAUCACUGUGGGAACCACAGGUGACCCACUGGAGGGCAACCCUGUGUGGCAGAGUGACAGACUGCAGGGAUGUGGUGGGCACUGUCCUGUCUUGGAAGGCAGUGGGCAUCCAGCUGCGGUCCAGAAUCCACAUGGCAAAGCCAGCCUGUGGCUCAGCCUUUCCUUUCCCUGUGUGAAGCCAGAGGUCUGGGCUGUCAUACCACAUACACGCUUGCCCAUUUGAACUUGUGACUGGCACACGUGAUCACAGUUAGCCUGUGUGUAGCUCCUGCCCUGACAGUGACGUAAAAUGGAUUGUACAAAAUCUACUCCGGCCAGGCAAUGGUGACAUACUCCUUUAUUCCCAGCACUUGGGAUGCAGAGGC